AUAUUUAGUUGUUGUCAUGUGUCGUGCAGCGUGUGGGACCCUGCAGCAGGACACGCCUCUGGGCUGAAUGGAGCGUGCGCUACAGUCCGACCUGCAGAGGAGACAAACAGUUGUUUUAAAAAAAUAACUAAUUUCACGGUUUGCAAUAAGUACCCUAUAGACAUUAUAGGUUCCUUGUUAAUCGAGUAAAUGCAGCGAUGACGCGAGAGGAAGAUCUCAUCCGGAUUGCAAAAAAACUGGACAAGAUGGUGACUCGGAAUAACACGGAGGGCGCCAUGGACCUGCUGAAGGAACUCAAAAGUUUCAAUAUGACACUCAAACUUCUCCAGGAAACGAGGAUCGGCAUGUCAGUGAACGGAAUCAGGAAGCACUGCACAGAUGAGGAAGUCAUUGCCUUGGCAAAGGUCCUCAUUAAAGACUGGAAAAGACAUUUGGAUACUGAGAAAGCAUCCCUCAUGAAGAACGGUUUGGACUCCAGCAACACGGCCGGGUCUCCAAGCAGCCCCCCCUCUGACACACAGAGCAGUCACAGAAGACUGGAUAUCAAAUCUAAACACGACUCAGAUCCUGACAAAAAACACUCUGAUAAAAACAGAACAGAAAAACACAAUGAUGAACACAGAAACAAAAAGAGACACCAAGAUGAGCCCAGCGAUGAAAAACACCUGGAGGAGCCCCAAUAUGAGAAACACCAUCCAGAACCAAGGAAAGAAAGACCUUUAGGAGAACACCUGGAAGAGUUCAAAAAGGAAAGACACCCAGAGGAGCCGAAGAAGCACAACUACCCAGAUGACAUGAAGAAGGACAAAUAUAAGGAGAGUAGCAGACACGAGAGGCCGCCGAUCGAACCCCAGAGAAAGAAACCAAUAUUUUCCAAACCACUAUUCGAAAGGAGAGGAGUGAUGGACUGCACUGUUCUUUAUCCCACCCGGGACCCCUCGCCCCCUCGCCCUGCCCGGGCCCCACUCCCUGCCCGGCCCCCUCUCUCAGUUAGACGCCCCUCAGUGGACCUGAAAAACGACAGGAAGGACGGUACAGACUCUUCCUCCCAACAUCCUCGUCCUCACACUCCUCUCCCCGCCUCUCCGCCGACGAAGCGGGUUUCCGUGGAAGUAAAGAAAGAAAGGAAGUUUCCACUGGAUCCCAAUGCUCCAUUUGCUCCUCUUCCUCUUCACCUUCAUCUUCCUCCACCCAGAAAGGAGCCACCUGACCCCAACGCUCCUUUUGCUCCACUUCCAUUUCACCUUCACCCCCAGGCUCCUCCCCCGCAGCGCCACUUACCCAAUGUGAAAAAAGAAAGCAGAAAGGAGUCAUCAGAAUCUAAACCUCCACCACAGAAGAAGACAUCAGACCUUGUAAAAAAAGAAAGGAAAGAGUCAUCGGAUAGCAAAGUGCCUAUUAAACACUCAGAUGAGGCUAAGAGAGAAAGGAAAGAUUCAUUGGACUCAAGACCGCCCCUUCCCAAGAAGCCCAGUUUGGAUGUCAAAAAAGAAAAACACAGGAAGGACUCCUGCGACUCAAAGCCUGGCCCACCAGUGAAACAUCCGUCAACUGACUCCAAACCUGACAGGCGGAAAUCCAUCGAUUCAAAGAGAAGCAGCUCACCGCCAGCAAGGAAGCUACCAGCUGAAAGGAGAGAGUCUCACGGCUCUAAGACUCCUCAGCCUGGACCUCCACAGAGGAAGCCCUCUACCGACAGCAUUGAGAAGAGGUGCAAAGCCGAAACUCCCAAAACUCCCACCACCCCGACCAGCCCCAUGUCCCCCAGCUUCAGUUCCCCCGGGGGGCCACUGUCCCCUCAUUAUGCUACUGGGGACUCCAUCAGAGACAAGUGCAUUGAGUUGCUGGCAGCUGCCCUGCGCGCAGACAACGACUUCAAGGAUUUUGCAACCAACUGUGACAGCAUGGCUGCAGAGAUUGAAGAUCAUAUCUACCAGGAAUCAAAGGCCACUGAUAUGAAGUAUAAAAACAAAGUCCGCAGCCGUAUCAGCAACCUGAAGGACCCGAAGAACCCUGGGCUUCGCAGGAACGUCCUCGCAGGAAACAUUGACUUGGGUCGCAUCGCCAGCAUGUCGGCUGAGGAGAUGGCCAGCGAGGAGCUGAAACAGCUGAGGAACGUUCUCACCCAGGAAGCCAUCCGGGAGCACCAGAUGGCCAAAACUGGAGGCACCUCGUCCGACAUGUUCCAGUGCAGCAAGUGCAGGAAGAAGAACUGCACUUACAACCAGGUGCAGACACGCAGUGCUGAUGAGCCGAUGACCACAUUUGUCCUGUGUAAUGAGUGCGGUAACCGCUGGAAGUUCUGCUGAGACCUUCCAGAUGAACCGUGUUUUUUUUCUGAGCAUAUUGAACUUAAUUAUUUUCUAUUAUGGGGAGGGGGAGGAGAUUAUUGCAGCUAGUGAUUUUAACAGAUAAAGUGUUUUUAACAAUUUUUACUUGACCUUUUUGAGGUUUUUAAGUAUGUGCUGAAAACUGGUUUUGCUUUAUGUUGAAUUGAGAAUGAAGGUCAGUUUGAUGACCGUCAACACAUCACAAAGAUCAUUGUGCUGUCAUGAUGCGAACACUAUCCAGUUAAUAUGCUACGUGAUAUCAUAGCGGUUGAAGUGCAUAUAUCUUAUGUAUGUUUGCUUGUUAAACUCACAUUUAAUAAAGAAAAUUCACAGUCUUAA